UUUCAACUUUUAAGUAAUAUCCAUUUAGUGUUGUACCACGUUGUUAUUCUAAUUGUGCUGAUAUUUAUUUUCUAGUUUAAUUUUAAGCUAUCCAUAGCAUUUAAAUUCUUAAAUUGUUUAUAGUCAAUUGCUUUUAUUUUUUUUCUUUAAAUUUAAAAUGAGCAGAUUUUUUGCCACUGGCUCGGAUUCCGAGUCUGAUAGCUCUUCCGAAGAAGAACAGGUUAUCCGACAACCUACUACCAAUUUCACAUUUAGUGAUGAUGAAGAAGAUACAAAACGAAUAGUACGUUCAUUGAAAGAAAAACGUUAUGAAGAGUUGACUAUGACUAUAAAACAAAUAAGAAAUCAUAAGAAAAUUAAAGAUAUGAGUAGUUUAUUAACAAGUUUUGAAGAUUUAACUCGUGCCUACACUAAAGCAUUCAAUGCAGUCAUUAUGAAAGAAGAAAAUGGAGUUGCCCCUCGAUUUUUUGUUCGUUGUUUAGUAGAGAUGGAAGAUUUCAUUAAUGAUGUUUGGGAUGACCGUGUUGGACGGAAAAAUUUAUCAAAAAAUAAUUCUAAGAGCUUAGCUUCAUUGAGACAAAAAUUCCGAAAAUAUAUGAAAGAUUUUGAAAGUGAUAUUGCUAAAUUCAGAGAGAACCCUGAUCUUCCUGAUCAAGAAGAAGAUCAAAAAGAAGAAGAUGAAGUGGAUUCUGAUGAAAGUGAAAGUGAAGAUGAAACUCCAGCUGCAUCUUUCAAAAAAACUGAUGAAAAAAUUCCUAAAACUCCAAAAACCACAGGUGAAGAUUCUGAUAGUGAUGAUUCCUUUGACUGGGGUAGUGAUUCAGAAAGUUCUUCUUCAAGUAGUGAUGAUGAAGGUCAAUAUCAAAGUAUUAGAGAACGUUUUUUGAAGAAAUCCACUGAUAAAGAUGAUGAUGAAAAGAAAGAAAAGAAAAAAGAAAGAAAAGAGAAACCAAAGAAACAAAAAAGAGAAGAAGGUGAUGAAAGUGACAGUGAAUGGCAAAAAGUUCGAAGAGGUGUUGCCAUUCCUUCUGAGAAACCUAAAAUGUUUGCUAAAGAUGCUGAAAUCACUCCAGAAGCAGUUUUACGUAAAUUAUCUGAAGUAGUUGCUGCUAGGGGGAAAAAACGUACAGAUCGUAGAGAACAAAUUGAGUUACUUCAUGAAUUGCUACUUAUAUCAGAAGCUCAUAAUUUAGGUUUAGGCUUAAGAGUGAAAAUUAAGAUAUCAAUUAUUUCUUCAAUUUUUGAUUAUAAUCCAAAAGUCUCUGAUGCUAUGAAACCAGAAAUUUGGAGCAAAUUAUUGGAUUGUAUAAUUGAGUUGCUAGAUUUAGUACUUCCGGCUAAAGAAACAAUAUUUAUUGGUGAAUCAGUUGCUGAAGAUGCAGAAGUAUUAGAUAAACCAGUUUUCCGGGUUCGUGGAUGUGUAUUAACUAUAGUUGAAAGACUUGAUGAAGAAUUUACUAAACUUUUAAAAGAGUGUGAUCCUCAUAGUAAUGAUUACGUGCAAAGAUUAAAAGAUGAAAAACGUGUUUGUGAAAUUAUUGAUAAAGUUCAACUUUUUCUGGAGCAUCAAAACAUUGAAUCAGAAAUUUGUCGUAUAUAUAUGCGAAAAAUUGAUCAUCUUUAUUAUAAGUUUGAUCCAUUAGUUUUGAAACAAAAAAAGGGAGAAAUAUUAGCAACACAUAAAACUAAUGUACAGAUAAUGGAAAAUUUGUGUAAAUAUAUUUAUGAUAAAGAUAGCACUGAUCGAUUAAGAACUAGAGCUAUUUUAUGCCAUGUCUAUCAUCAUGCUCUUCAUGAUAAUUGGUUUCAAGCACGAGAUUUAGUACUUAUGUCUCAUUUACAAGAAACUAUUCAACAUUCUGAUCCAGCUACUCAAAUUCUUUACAACCGUACUAUGGCACACAUUGGAUUAUGUGCUUUCCGUCAAGGUAAUAUUAAAGAUGCACACAAUUGUUUAGUUGACUUAAUGACAACUGGUAAAGUAAAAGAAUUAUUAGCACAAGGAUUAUUACCACAAAGACAACAUGAGCGAAGCAAAGAGCAAGAAAAGGUUGAAAAACAGAGACAAAUGCCAUUCCACAUGCAUAUAAACUUAGAAUUAUUGGAGUGUGUUUAUUUGGUAUCAGCUAUGCUCAUUGAAAUACCUUACAUGGCUGCUCACGAGUUUGAUGCUAGAAGACGAAUGAUUUCCAAAACAUUUUACCAACAACUUCGAUCAAGUGAAAGACAAUCAUUAGUUGGUCCUCCAGAGUCAAUGAGAGAACAUGUAGUCGCUGCUAGUAAAGCUAUGAGAAAUGGAAAUUGGUUGGCUUCUCGUAAUUUUAUAAUAAAUGAGAAAAUGAAUGCUAAGGUAUGGGAAUUAUUUUAUGAAAGUGAUAGAGUGAGAGAUAUGCUAGAACGUUUAAUUAAAGAAGAAUCUUUGCGUACUUAUCUAUUUACUUAUUCUCAUGUUUAUAACUCAAUUUCUAUGAAAACUCUAUCUGAAAUGUUUGAACUUCCAAAAACUUCUACUCAUUCAAUUAUUUCUAAAAUGAUUAUUAAUGAAGAAUUAAUGGCCUCACUUGAUGAUCCUACACAAACUGUUGUAAUGCACAGAAGUGAACCAAGUCGGUUGCAGUCACUAGCCCUUCAACUGGCUGAUAAAGUUAAUAAUUUUGUCGAUUCUAAUGAAAGGAUUUUUGAAAUGAAACAAGGUAACUUCUUUCCAAGAGGUGGUAAUCAAAAUCAAGGACAAUAUAGACAAAACUUUGGUCGACAAGGUGGAGGUGGGCAAGAUUGGAAUCGCCAAAGAAGAGAAAAUCGAGCAUAUUAAAUUUUUGUUUUUUUUUUUUUUUAAUUUAUAUAUUAUUUAUGUAAACUAUUAAGUUAAAUUUCAAAAUAUUUCUGUUGUUUUUUAGUAAACUACAGUUAAUAAUUUUUUACUGUCUAAAAUAAACAAUAAUAUAUUAAUUAGCCCUCUUAUAUGAAAAACAAUUAAAAUAAAAAUAUUUUUCAUAUAAUAUAAAAUGAUAUUCAGGAUUAUACACAGUUGAAAUUAUCAAAUAUAUAUGUAAUUUUUUUCUUGAGUAAUGAUA